AUGAGCGCACCUUCAUUAUGCGGUCCAGUUGCUGAUUCAGGAGUUCAGAAUCCACUGCGAAGCAUAUCUUUAGUAAGUACAAAUGAACGAGUUGUGGAAAUAGCAAGCGGUUCGAACAGUCAUAUUCCACCUAACGGUACCGUAGUGCCGGAAAAAAUUGGCAGGAUGGGAUUUCGGCCAAAAGUAAAUCGUGAAUUGGAUCACCCAGGGAUGUUAUCCGGAAUCCCACAACAGCCACCGCAGCCACCAAUGACGGGAAUGAUGAGAGUACAGCAGCGUUUUGGCAUACCACCAUUUCGUGAUGGUGUACCAAUUAUGGACAGCGGUCGUGGAGCUCCGUUUGUUGAUGAACGUGGAAUGCCAUUUCCGAACAGCAGGGUCGUUUCGUUAUAUGACGAUGGUCGAUUACCAUUUCAUGAAUAUGAACAUCCACAAGGUGAUGAAGCGAUUCGAAUUCGGCACGUGUGGAGUACACGACCAUCAAUUACUCAAAGGAGGAAUAAUGGCUGGGGCCAUUUCCGCGUACGCUGUGUCUCACCAAGAAAAAUCCAAUGCGCAGGCUGGAAAGAUACACCCCCAUUUGUAACGUAUAUAGGAUUUCACAGGAUGUUGCAACCAGGAGUUUUUCGUGAUCGAAAGAUUCAACGUGCCGUAGUUGGUACGUCUGCUAGUCGGGUUUAUGGAGGGGAAAUGCGUGAUCGUUCGCGUUCUCCACGUGGUGGUUCAAAGCCAUUAGUUGCAAAUAGCAGUUGCGAAAUUGGUGCUACUACUACAACUAUUGCAAAUGUUAGUGCAACUCAAGCGUCAUCAAACAAUGAUAUGGAAGAAAAUGUGAUGUCAGUUGAUGAGAACAGCGAACCAGGGACCGAUAAGAUCAGCCAGUGUUGA